CCGGAGUGCGAACGUGGCGGGAGCGAGGGAGCGGCGGCUGCGGCGGCGGCUCGGCAGGCUGAAGCGCGGGCCCACCGCAGUGCAUCAGCGCGGCGGCCCUGCCAUCCCUCAGGGCGGUUAACACGGGGCAUGAGGCACUGGUUAACAGGCUCCGAGCUGCUCGGCGACUUGUUUUAAGCAUUUUUUCCUUCGCUCUCGCUUUUAAUCUUGUCUCUAGUGGCGUGUGUAGUGGGGGGAGGACUUUAUUUCCAUUGGCUAAGCGCUCCCUUCCCACCCACAUCCCUUCCACAUCACCUUGGUGUCUCCCUAAAUAAAACCAGCCCUCCUUAUCGCCUGGAAAAAAUCAGGAGCUAGAAUUUGAAUGGGUUUUAUAUAAACACUCACCCCUGUCAGCGUGAGGCUGGGCUCUCAGCAUAAACUCACAGCGUCUGGCCUGAUGCUUUCCUGAUUGGGCUCCCCCUGGAACGCUGGCGUUUAAGCAUAGCCCAGGACUGGCAACUCUUCCUGAAACCUGAGCUACCUGAAGCCAGUUGCGGAACUGCACAAGGUCCCGAUGGACCUCAAGGAGAGUCCCAGCGAGGGCAGCCUGCAGCCAUCUAGCAUCCAGAUCUUCGCCAACACAUCCACCCUCCACGGCAUCCGCCACAUCUUCGUGUAUGGGCCACUGACCAUCCGGCGGGUGCUUUGGGCCGUGGCCUUCAUGAGCUCCCUGGGACUGCUACUGGUGGAGAGCUCCGAAAGGGUGUCCUACUACUUCUCCUACCAGCACGUCACCAAGGUGGACGAGGUGGUGGCCCAGAGCCUGGUCUUCCCGGCUGUCACCCUCUGCAACCUGAAUGGCUUUCGGUUCUCCAGGCUCACCACCAAUGACCUAUACCACGCUGGGGAGCUGCUGGCCCUGCUCGACGUCAACCUGCAGAUCCCGGACCCGCACCUGGCCGACCCCACGGUGCUGGAGGCCCUGCGGCAGAAGGCGGACUUCAAGCACUACAAACCCAAGCAGUUCAGCAUGCUGGAGUUCCUGCACCGGGUGGGCCACGACCUGAAGGAUAUGAUGCUCUACUGCAAGUUCAAAGGGCAGGAGUGCGGCCAUCAAGACUUCACCACCGUGAGUACUCGGUUUUCAGUUCAUUUUUCUGCUUUGAGCCUCUUGGAAAGUGGCACGUCGGCUGUCUUGUGUCGUUAG